AUGCAAAAGGGGCAAAGAGAUUGGAACGCGGCGCAGAUUCACCUUUUCCAUUCUUCAUCUCUUCUUCCACCGCCGACUACGUUCGUCUCCAUCUCAGUUCGGCUGUCACCACUUCUUCAUCUCCUCUUGUUCUGUUCUGAUCUCAUCUUCAUGCAUGAAUUUCUGCGAUCUUGCACCCUUUCCUCUUUAAAUGCUGAGCUGGACAUUCAAUAUUUUCCUAAUAUAUUUCCUUCUGAACUUUCUUCUUCUAGAUGCAGGGCAUGGUUUAUUAAAGUGAGUUGGGUAAUUUGUCUUGUUAACUCGGUUCACAGAUUGGUUUUUGCAGGGAAAGUUUGGGCGACAAAUGGUGAUGCUUGGUGCCGGUUAAUUAGGUCAGAUAUUUGUUCAACUUGCAAAGCGAGUGGUUUGGCAUCCUUUUAA